GAAGAAACGAAGAAGACAACAGUUACGGUUUCUGUCAGACUAAUAAGAUCCUUUGAAUAUAGAAGUAUCAAAUAUGUUGUUUUCAAAGACGUGUUACUGGAUCAAACUGCUGAGGAUUUCAUUAAAUUCGUUAAAACAGGUAACUACAUAGGGAAGGUCACAAUUCAAGUUGCGAAGAUUUCCGUAUAACCCCAUACAUUUAUUAUGCAUGCAGCAAUUUCAUCCUUUUCCUCACAAAUAGGUUAAUAUGAAUAGCGUCGAAACAUGUAUGCAUAAAAUUGGGAUUUUACGGAAUGCCUACAGUUUUUAUACACACUUUGCAAAGCUGAAUUUUUUAAAAAAAGGCAGUCCAUUUAUUUUUUUCAAUGAAUUUUUAGUGAUCAGGUAUUGUACUUGUUUGUAGAGAUAAAGAAAAGACCUGAUGUUCCUCCUCCUUUCAAAACUUUUGCUUAUGGUAGGUACUCCUACGUUCACUGAUGUUCAUAAUAAAUUUAUGCCUGCUUACAUAGUACCUAACAAGCUAUAAAACCUGUUCAUUGCGUUGCAGAGAUUCCAACCCCUUUUUGAGGGAAAACAGGGAGUAUUUUUUAGCACUGAAGGCGCUCACAGAAGUGCCCAAGGCUCUAGGGAAAUUUUGCAAACUGAGUUUCUCUCAAGUGGCAUUUCCUGCAUUUUGAUAUCAUUUCUGUGGUAUUCUGUAAGGUCUUUAUUCUUAUCACAAAUGUCUUUGGGUUUUUCUUUGCUGUUGUUAAUCCAUCGUUUCAGAAUCAAACGGGGAGAUUUCUUUCACUGCUUUUACACCAUGGCCACUUUGAAAAAUCAUGAAUAAUUUAUUGUAAACUUAAUGUCCACAAGGUAUAAAGGCUGCAUUCAGUGGAGAGCCACACUGGUAUGGGUUCUGUUAUACUCUCUACUAUUGUCACAAACACUCUAAACCUUCCGUAUAGACUGCUGGCCUUAUGAGUCAGCACAGCACACAGUGUUGAGACGGUGAAUACUUAAGAUAAGCAAUUUUUUCCUCGUCUUCAGAACGUCAUGAUAGAUUGGGAGAAUCUGAUAAAAAUCCGGAGAGCAGGAGGCAACACAUCAAAUCAGGAGACUCCCAAUAAAAUCGUCAGGGUUGGAAUCUCUGCCCCCAAAGAAUUCCACAAUUUUUUAUUCUACCUCUAAAGAAAUCCUCCAUUUUUAUAACUUUCCCCUGAAGAAUUCUAUUAGUCAUCAACCAGCGUGGUAUGAAAUUAAAUGCAUUAGCACAAACGGAUUUCCUGUACAAAUUUUCUUGGCUUAGUUAUAAUUAUCUACGUCACAGAAUUAAGGAAUCCAUUUUGUUAAUUUGGGGGGAAUCCAGAUGUACAGUAGAACCCCUGUAACUCAAACUCUGAAGGAAAAAGAAAAACAGUUCAAGUUAGAGGAGGUUCCAGUCAUUGAGGUCGAUUGAAUUUUCAAUUUGUCGUGUAAAUAAUUGAGAUUUUACUGAUAUUUCAGCAUGUCAGUAAACAUCAGAGUGCAAUUAAAACUUAUCUCAUCAGAAACUGUAACACAACUAUGCAUUUUUACAACAGGAAAUGAAUAUGUGAUCUGUUCAUUGCACUUAUUUAAAAAAACUGCUGUAGUGUGAGUCUUAGUGACACGACAAGAAGAGCUAAUGGGAUGGCAUUUGUAGUGAAAUGCAAGUCAUAAUUCGAGUUAUCAAGGUAAACAAAAUUUAGUUCCAGUUAGCAGGAAUUCGUGUUAUCCGAGAAAAAUGACUGAAAAGAAGGGUCAAAUCCAAGAGAAAUGUGACUUUGUUCGUGUUAGCGGGGAGUUUGAGUUAUCCAAGCUUGAGUUAUUGGGGGUUCUACUGUUGGUGAGGGUAUAAUACCUCCAUGCACCACUGUGGAGACACAGGCUGUAUUAGACAGGCCAGGAUAACCACCAGCAAUAAGGCUGAUUUUAACACAAAAAAGACAGCUGUGUUGAAAAUGUGGCUUAUGUCGGCAUUCCAAAACAGUUGGCAGUACCUAAGAUACCCUCUAGAUUGCACUCUACUGCUGGUUGCUACCAUUUUUUAUUUAUAAACUGGUUUUAAUUAUUUUCUCCAGUUGCUGAUAAAUGUCUAGAAAGCCAAAUUCAUUUAGUAAGGAUUACUUUUACCUUGUAUUUGUUUUUCAGAUACAAUGAAAAUUCAGCAUAAAGCUCAUGGUGCAAAGGUAAGAUUGAUUAUUUUAGGGCAGCACAACAAGCAGCUAAUGCCAACUUAAGUUCAAUUUAUUCUUUAUUUUCAUUCACAACAGACAUCUUUUCAUGUUUGCUUUAUUGGGUUUUUAAUUUAAACAAAUUGGAAAUGUACUUCAACCUUCAUGUGCUCACCUCCUCUUCUAAAUGACUGAUCACUUAUCCCAGACUGUCCAACCUUUUGGGUAUGUAAAUUUGGGAUAUUUUUUAAUGACUGAAUGAAUCCCGCGGGUGCCAAGUGCACAAGCCCCCAGGGGGUCUAGGGGAUUGCUUGCCCAGAAAAUUUUGAAAACUUGAUGCCUAGAAAUGCUAUUUCUAGUGUUCUGAGAGGACAAACUUGUGUCUAAAAUGUUUGCUGUAAAUCGAUUGUCAUUUUAAUGCUUAUUUUCAAUAGUAAUUUUUUACUACAAGUAUAUUUUUUGGUUUUAUUAAUGUUUCCUGGAUAUUAGUUUUGGUUAGUAUACUCUGUUAGGUGUUCUUAUAUUAGUAUCCUGAAAACAUCAGAAAAGAUUGUCAAAAUUGGGAUUUUUCCUAUCCCGUUUGUAUAUUGGUCCGGAUUCGGGACUUUUAAGGAAAAUCGGGAGAAUCCCACCGAGAUCGGGAUGAUUGGACUGUUUUAUUAUCCAUAACCCAUAACACUGAUGUUGUUCCUAGCAAAAGCACUUUGAACCUCUGGUACAUUAAAUGUAUACUGAAAACAAGACUACUGUUAGGGGAUAAUGGUUUCACAUAAUUUGUACUGAUUUUAAACUGUCAAGAACAACCAGUUUGCACAUAACACAUAUUGAUCACAUUGCUGACACAUAUGUGUCAGCGAUAUGGAAAGGAGUCUUUUGCUGUCCCUUGACUGAAGAAUGAUUACAGGUGGUAUAAUUAUAUUUAGAAAUCUUACCUUUUUUGCAUGCAAACCAUGAGGUAAAAACAACAUGCUGUAGUCACGUAGAAAGUGGCGCGUAUGGCUUUGAGCAUGUGCUAGCUUUCAUCACCAUUCACCCAUGGGCAAAUAGUAAAUGAGUAAUCGACCAAUCAGAGUGCGCACUUUUUUUUUUGUAAUGUUAUAUUUGGUGUAAUCGAGUUGGGGACAGGUGCAAUCACCAAAUGACGCAACACAGAAGAUUUAAAAGAUACUGAACAGUAAUUCCCACACCACAACACAAAAGCCAACUUAGUUGGUUCCCAAAACCAAGAAACACCCCCUGUGAGUGAUCACUUUUUGUUCUAGGAAAAGCUUAGAUUGUUGUUGGUGUUUUUUUGAAAAUGUAAAUUUAUACCUAGUAAGUAAAUUUUCUUUUCUUUUCUAUAAUUACUUUAAAAUAAAUUGACUUUUUAGACAAGUGAUCCAGUUAUAAACACAGAAAAUGAUGAGGCGCUCAUUUUAAAAUUAGACUCCAGUCUUCAUGACAAUGGAAUUGGUGAGUGAAAUUAAGUUUCAUUUCAUUUAAUAUUUUUCCCUAUGAAAAUAAUUCAAAUUUCAAUUUCCUUACUCUCUGAUCAUAUGAAAAGAGAUAUUUUAGCUGUCUUUCUUAGUCUCCACUGAUAGUAAACCAUAAAUGCAUAAUUGUUGUGAAAAUCUAGCUUUUCUCUUUUUUAUGCCUAUUUUGUACAUAUUUAAAAUGUACUAGCUCUUCACCCAAAUAAUAGGCAAUUAUGAUUAUUGUCAAUCUGACAUCAGCCAGGACAGCUGCACUAUAAUGGUGAUAAAACCCUGUUCUAUCCUGCAAUAAUGUGCCUCCCCUCUACCCCCUGACUCAAUAAUUCAAAAUCAACGACAAGAAAAAGUAAUUAAUAAAUUAUUGUAUACCAUUAUACAUAAUUUUAUCUUAAACUUCUCAACAGAACAUGAAACAGAAAUCUCUCUUUUCAAGAAAGAGGAUUACAAGAAAUACCAAGCCAACCCAAUUUUAAAGUGGUAG